AUGUCAAACACUACCACACCUUCAUUAAGUAUAACUCUCUCCGCUGUACAAUUUCGAAUGUCUACAAUUUUCAUGCCGAUGUUUCUCGUUUUCGGCAGCGGUGGAAAUAUUCUCAAUGCGUGCAUACUCUUGCAAAAAACAUUCCGUACGAGUAGUUGUUAUCCGUUAACAUAUAGUGAACCAUAUUGUAAAAUUCGUCAGUAUCUUAUCUCUGCUAUAUUCACCAUGGCGCGUUGCUGCAUCGGAAUGGCAUGUGUAGAUCGCUAUGCAAUUUCAUCACCGAAUGUCAGUACUCGUGCUUUCGGCAGACCACGAGUAGCUCUCUAUGUCAUUUGUUUUAUUGUGAUUAUCUGGUCUAUCUUACCAAUUCAUUUAAUUAUAUUUAACACGAUUCAAAAUAAUCGAUGCGUUAUGUCUGGAUGGUAUCCUUACUUCUUUGCUGCGUAUGCUAUAAUCAUCGCUGCAAUCAUUCCACCGAGUAUGAUGAUUACUUUCAGUAUACUGGCUGCAAAAAACAUUCAACAAAUGCGCCAAAGAGUUCAACCAACAGUUGGCAAUGUAAACACCAGUCAAUUAACAACGAAUUCAAAUCUUGGUGUGCGUCUUAAACAAUAUGAUUAUCAAUUAUUGCGAAUGUUAGUUGUCGAUGUUACUAUUUACUGUAUAUCGGCAGUACCAUCACCAAUUUAUUAUAUUUAUGCAGCAAUAACGUUAAAAGCAACAAAGAGUUCUGACCAAGUUGCUUGGCAAAACUUUUUCAGUUAUCUAGCUUAUCAAUUUCUCUUAUAUAUCGCAGCAUCAACAAGCUUCUAUACGAAUCUUCUCGUUUCGAAAGCGUUCCGAGACGAGUUUCGUAUAUUUAUCAACCGGUGCACCAGAUAUCGAAUACAACCCACUACGACGACAAGAAGUCAGGUACACAAUAAUCCAACCCUGCUAAUCAGUCGUAUUAAUCUCUGA